AUGAGCUCAGCGCUUUGGUCGUCCACGGCCAGCGCACUCCCGGCCUCCGUCCAGGCCGUGUAUGCACAUGCGCAGCGCUUCAUGUGCACGCUGUGUACAUACACGGCAUCAAGAUUUGCCUCGCUCAAGCGCCACCGGGACUCAAGGCACUGCCGCAUCGCCUUUCUUGACCGCUUCUCGGCAGGUUGUGCGUGCGGCACGCCUUUCGUGUCGAGGCUGGCUGCAGCUAACCACGCUCGCGCGUUUGCCAGCCUCCGCGACACUUCGGCUGCGACUGCAUCAGCAGCAGGGGAUCUCAGCCCCACUGCUGGUGCAGUCAAUGCCACCGCUACGGUGGCCGACACAAAUCCCUGCUGCCCCACCAAGACCCUUCGGUGCUCUCUGUGUCCCCUUCGCAGUCGAGCACCACGCCUGACAGGUCAAGAUGGAGCCCGCCGCUCCCAAGGGAGCUGCGUGGUGGUGUCAGGGAUUACUGACCGUCUCCUCCCGCCGGAGCUAACGGAGGAGGAGGAAACCAAGGCUGGUGACGGCGACGACAAGAACGUCACCGAAGACCCCGACAUGGAUGGCACGUGGCUGCUGCACUUUGACGGUGCCUGCCGCAAGAGCCCUGGCCCAGGAGGCGCCGGCGCUGCGUUGUUCAAGCCCAUCGGCCCCCUAGUGUGGGCUUGCUCCCACUACAUGCCGAGCAGCAGCGAGACCAACGACACCGCCGAAUAUACGGAGCUGCUGCUCGGCGCAAGGGCUGCCGCCGACCACGGAGUCACGAGCCUGCGGAUCGAGAAUGACAGCCCACUGGUCAUUCAGAUGGUGCGUGGCAUCUUCGUCUCACGCAACAAGCGGCUGAGUCACCUACGACUCGCAGUCAAGGCAGAGCUGGCGCGGACGGAGCGGGCAACGCUUCAUCCCAUCGACAGGCAGGCGAACGGUCAUGCCGACUGCCUCGCCAACGCCACUCUUGACCGCCUCGUGACCGAGCUGGAGUGCGGGGUGUAUAUCGAUGGACAUGGAUGCACCUCCACCUCCACGACGGCCCCUGAAUCCGCAGCUGCACCUCAGCUGCCACACCGCAUGUCGCGGUGGGCACCGAUUUUCCCCUAA